UGAGCCGAGCGGGGGAGCUGGAGCCGGGGCUGUCAUUUGUCGGCAGCAAUUUAAACCCUGCGCGCCGGCCGUGGCUACCCGCGAGCCUCUCCAUGGGAGCCUCCGCCCCGGGGCACGCUGCGGGCGAGGCGGUGGCUCCGCAGUAAGCGAUGCGGGGCUAAGAGCCCAUGUGACCAUGCGGGAGACCCGGCCGCUCCUGCUGGGUAUCUGUGGGAGCAGGUAACAUGCGAGGUGCCCGGAGGAUCAUGGACUGGUUCCUGCUCUUCGUGUGGACGUUACCUGUGGCGGUUCUCAACAGCAGCUCCAUGCAAUUCCUGACCAUCCUGUGGCUUGGCGGCAUUGCAAAGACCCUUCAGUUGUGCUGCCUCUGUUGCGUGUCUUUUGCAGCAGCUUUAACCAGUGACAGCAGCAGCAGCCUCAAUGGAGUGAAUCAUGAUUACGUAUUUGUGACACCUGUCGAAGUGGAUUCCAGUGGAUCAUACAUCUCACAUGAUAUUUUGCACAGCAUUAGGAAAAAGAGAUCAACCUGA